UUCUGAUCUGGUCUUUUAAAAACUAUCUGGUCGUCCGAGUCUGCGGUUGUGCAUUAAGUGUGUAUAAUAAGCGGCGAAUCUGAUGUGAAUAAAGGUGAAAUAGAAAAUUAAAUUGGGGAUUGCGAAACGGUAGGGGUCCACCUGUUACGAAAAGUUUAAGAGAUGGGAUCUGAAAAUGUGGCAAGUGGAAUACCCUGGAUGGAUGAUGUUCCCGCCCAAUCCACAAGCCUUCCUGAAAUACUUGAGGAAGAAACUAAUGAAAUUGGAACCGUCGUGAUAUUCGUGAUAUCAGCUGUGAUAACUAUAGCUUUAUUAUUUAUGGUGGCAAUUUUUAUCGAUUGCAGGCAACAAAAAUUGGUGGAUGCAGAGUUGGAACAUAGAAAACGAAGAAUCAGAAUCCGUGUUCCAAAACUAAAGAAACCGCGGGAUGAUGAGGACACUUUAACGGAUAGAAUGGAACAACCUUCUUCAUCAAAUGAUAUAGUUUAAUAUAAAGUUAAUAAAUUUCACUGUAUAUAAGUUCCUUUACAAUGACGUCAAUUAUUGGAAAGUGGUGUCCACAUUAUUAAUUUUAAAUAUUUUAUCUCUAUAUGUGUAUAAUAAUAUAUUUUUGUAUGUAUCGUAUAUAUUGUAUAAAAUCUUACAUUUGUCUUAAAAUUAUAAGACUGAUUGUUACUCUGUGAACAAAUUUUAAUUAAAUUGUUAAGAAUGA